UGGGGAUCGGAAACCACGGAAAUGUCAGCAAUGUGUAAAAUGCUCAUGUAGUUUUUCACACAUUGUAGGCGGUGAGCUGAGAGGUCUGUAGGCUGUGUUCUGUGUCUGGUUAGAAGUCAAGUGACAGAUAAAUUGUAUUUCAAAUGGUCAACGCAUCAUGGUUUUGUCUUAAGGUGGUUCUCUCCUGCCACAACCUCCUGUCUAGUGGCUGACACGACCAAGUUUUGUACCUACUGAUAGAUGACAAGAGGGCGCCCUCACUAUGGCGUCCUUCAACAGGGGAGCCGAGAAGCUGACGCUGAAGAUCUUUCAGCCCAACGGGAGCUUCAACUCCGUCAAAUGCAUGGAGACAACUGAUAUCAAGAGUGUGAUCCAUGCGGUUGUGGCCAAGCUGGCCAGGGGCGAGAGAGCCUUCCAGAGCAGCUUUGCUAUUCGCCUCCAACACACCCACUCGGAGGAGUGCCACUGGCUCCACCGGGACCUGACCAUUGGUCAGAUCAAGCACAAGUAUGAGAGAAUACACCCAGCAUUGGAGUGGAGGCACGAGUUGAGGAUCCGUUACCUGCCCAAGGACUACCAUGAACUCCUGGAAAAGGACAAAGUCACCUUCUUCUAUUUCUACGACCAGGUCAGGAAUGAUUACAUGAAUGAGGUGGCAGAGACAGUAGACAUGGACAUGGCCCUGCAGCUGGGAUGCCUGGAGAUGAGGAGAUUCUUUAAGGACAUGCCCCAGAUUGCCUUGGACAAGAAGGCCAACUUUGACUACCUCGAGAAAGAAAUAGGCCUGAGGAGAUUCAUUCCAAAGUCAGUCAUAGAUAACACUAAGCCCAAAAACCUACGCAAGUUGAUACUACAGUACUUCAAGCAGUUUGCUAACCUCAAUGAGGAGCAGUGUGUCUUCAAGUUCUUUGAGGUCCUUUCCAGAGUCCACCGCUUUGACCACGAGAAGUAUAAGUGUGCCCUUGGGACUGGUUGGAGUAUUUCUGUUGAGUUAGUCAUUGGUCCCGAGGAUGGUAUCAGCUGCCUGACAGACAAGGCAUCAACGCCCACCAAGAUGGCUGAUUUCACCCAGGUCCAGUCAGUGCAAACCCUGGGUGGCGACAUGGAGAAUAACAAGAAGGGAUUAUUGCAACUCAGAAUAUCUGGUGCUAAUGAGCCCUUCCCUAUCCCACAAUUCCCUGGUUCUAACGAGAUUGACGCAUGUUCUGUGUACAUCACAACGCCCUCAGUUAUGAUAGCUGAAGACAUGGCAGACUUGAUUGAUGGUUACUGCCGGCUGGCUCUCAAGACAGAGAUGUCCCUUAUUGUCCGACCACAGCAAGCUUUUACCGUGGUCCCCAGGGACAAGACUUCGUACCUCCAAUAUACCGCUUCUUUUAACGCCUCCAGGAGAGGAGGAGAAGUGUCUGUAUCACAGGCCUCACAGCAAGCCGAUGAGAAAUCACAAACGUCCUUGAGUGGGACCCAAACCCAUGACUUCCUGCUAAGUACAGAUUUCCCGCCGCUUUCACCUCUAGAUGAAGGUGACAGGGCGCUACCUUCAUUACCUGGAGAAAAUGAGGAGGAAAGCGUGGAGAACUACACAGAAGUCAAAGUCAGCACCAGCAGGAGGAAACACAUCACACAGUCAGCCCUCUCUGACGACUAUGCCGAGAUCAUAGAGGACGACGACUAUGCCCUACCUGCUACCAAGGACUAUGAGAUUCCCCGGGACCAGGUCGCACUGAUUGCUACCAUAGGUGAGGGGCAGUUUGGAGACGUGCAUAAAGGUGCCUACAAAGAUGAGGAUGGGAACCCAAUUGAAGUUGCCAUCAAAACGUGUAAAGUGGAGAGCACAGAAACGCUGGGAGAAAAGUUUCUUGAGGAAGCAUAUAUCAUGAAGCAGUUUGAUCACCCUCACAUCAUCAAGCUGAUUGGUGUGUGCACGGAGCCACCCAUCUGGAUUGUCAUGGAGUUGGCACCGUUUGGGGAGAUGCGAACGUUUCUCCAAGAACAUCUCUCAGAGCUGUGUCUGUCUGACCUUAUUUUGUAUUGUUACCAACUCAGUACUGCACUCUCCUAUCUGGAGAGCAAGAAAUUUGUACACAGGGAUAUAGCUGCCAGGAAUGUACUAGUUGUUGCCAAAGAUAACGUGAAGUUGGGUGAUUUUGGUCUGUCCAGAUUGCUCCACGAUCAUUCAUACUACAAAGCCUCUAAAGGAAAACUGCCCAUCAAGUGGAUGGCACCAGAAUCAAUCAACUUCAAGAGGUUUACAUCAGCGAGUGAUGUUUGGAUGUUUGGGGUGUGCAUGUGGGAGAUUCUCAUGUAUGGUGUCAAGCCGUUCCAGGGGGUGAAAAACAAUGACGUUAUCGGCCGGAUUGAGAAUGGCGAGCGGUUGCCCAUGCCAGCAGGCUGCCCACCAACCCUCUACAGCGUUAUGACUCUCUGUUGGUCGUAUGAACCAUCAAAGAGACCGACUUUCCAGGAUCUCAAGUUGAGACUACAUGAAAUUCAGGACGAGGAAGUGGAGCAGCAGGAAUCGUUGAUGAAGCAGGAGAGACGGCGGGUGGCAUCCACCUGGGGCUUCCCUGUCACCGAGCAUACUGAAGAACCACCACCAAAGCCUUCAAGACCAGGUUUCCCAACCUACCCCGGGCCCAGCAGCUACCAGCCAGCCACAGUGUACGAGGCCACGGCCAACCACUACGCGGCCACCAAUACUAUCAAAGGCCCCUAUAUGGGCCACAAGCCACCGGAGGAGAUGGCAGCCAUGAUGGCCAUCAGGCCUGUGACAGCGGAGGAACGACUGGAGAUGGAAAGGGAACAUCUUGAGCGUCAGGAGGAGAUGAAACUGAGCGAGAUGCAGAGAAUAGAGGACAAGAUGAGGCAGCAGCGGCUGGACAGCGAGGCCGACUCCAAAUGGCUGGCAACCAGUGCACAAGGACUGAGGCCUGAUGUGAAAGAAAACGACUUGACCGGUCAUGAUACCAGAGAGGAGACCAACACUUUGGCCAGUCAUCAACCUCUGUACCAACCUUUUAAUCGGCCUAGCUCGUACACGCAACCAGCCGAUUGCCGCAAGCCUGUGGCUGAGCCCCCCAAGCCUCCAGAACCUCCCAGGGCUGAAGAAUCUCAGGCACCCCCCACAACUGUGCAGGUUGGACCCACCAUGGACCUUGACCGAACCAACGAUGAGGUAUUUGAGAACACAACUCAGGUAGUGCGGGCCGUCAUGGAGAUGGUCAACAUGGUGCACGCUGUCCGGUCGGACCAGUACGUCAACCUAGUCAAGGACGUGGGCCUGUCCCUCAAGAACCUCCUGGCCAGCGUGGACGGCCUGUACAGUUCCCUGCCCCCGCAGACCCACCGCAGCAUCCAGAUGGCCCACAAGGUGCUGAGCUCGGACAUGGCCGAGCUGAUCAACGCCAUGAAGCUGGCCCAGAAGUACGCCACCACCACCCUGGACCAGGACUACAAGAAAGGCAUGCUGUCAGCUGGCCACAUUCUGGCCGUGGACGCCAAGAACCUGCUGGACGCCGUGGACACGGCAAGGCUGAGAGCCCAGGAGGUAUGAUGGCUGGAGACAACUAGGACCUCCUCUUAGCUCUCAUGAUUUUCUUGAAAUGGAUUGCAAUAAGUGUCUUUGUAACAUAGCUUCACCUUAAGAUCGUAACUGGGUAACUAUCCUUAUCCCCUCUCUCUGUCAGGAGCCUUCCUUCAGUUCUCCAAAAUCUUCCAUUCUGUAGAACAGUAAUGACAUUCUGAUGCAGAUUAUUACUGAUCUGACCAAAGUUGUCAAAAUUGCUUGUUCAUAAAUCAGCCAGUCUAAAUGUUAUAUAAUGGCAGCCUUGUUCUGGCAACCUCUGAUGCGGAGGACGGUCGUUGGCAUUGGAGGUCAGCAGAAAAGGAUGGUUGUUAGGCUGUGUCCAAAUUUUUGGGUUGCAGCCUUAAAUUGUGCAUCACUCUAUGAGAAGUGGCUGCAGCCCGAACUACAGACUUGUGGGCAAUUCCAAGCCAAGGGAAAUAAUAUCGGACGCAGCCAUAAUCACCAGUAUGUUAGUAGCGACACGUGAGUUAAGUUCAGAAGUUUGAUGUACACAUAGCAUGCAAUUGAUGUCUUCUUUGUCUUUUAAGUCUACUGAAAACUCAGUCACAAGAUAUAAAUCUCAGAUAGCCAGUGGCUAGUGUAUGAAUUUUGUGGAAUAAUUUCAGAUAAUGGCAGUUUGGAGGUGGGGGAUCACAUUAGUAUAUUAUAUCCUAGUAUUACAGUUUUGAGAGAGUACUGAAACCGUACAUGUACAUAACUCAAAAAAUAGACAAACUUGUAUACCGCACAAAAGUAUUGCCAUGCCGCAUGUUGUUUUGAAGAUAGGGGCAAGUUCUGGCACAGACUGUAGUUCAACCACUGAUGGAUUGCUUUUUGACAACAUGCACAUGCAAUACAGCCACAUUCUAACGACCCUAUCCGGACUAUUUUGUCAAAAUCUCAUUGUCACUUACACUUUGGCCACAAUUUUCAUGGCAUUCGUGCUCCAUGACAUUUCCUGUGAAUGGUUUCCUCCAUACUUAUCAAAUGAAAGUGGCCACUGAUAAUCAUUGGUGUGAACCAGGCCCUGCGUUGCCCCAACCAUCCAUUGUUCGAGCGAUUUUUGUCCAAUGAUGAUUGACGGUAGUCAUCGCUCAAACUUGCCCUAAGAAAAAGUGGGGAGAGAGAUAUUAAACAAUGAGCGUGCAAGUAAAGAUCCUGUGUUCUGCACAUUUUGCUGGAGAAGUUGUUUUGUGUUCAUCCUUUGGCAUUAUUUAUUGCUGCACAAUUUAAAAUGCUUGCUUCUGCCUUAUGGCAGAAGUCAGUGCUCAGAGCGUUGAGUUUUUGAUUGUAUGUUUUUUGAUGACAGAGGUACUCAAGCUGAAGAUGUAUUUAAUAUUGCUACUUUUUUGUACAAAUGAAUAAAGAGCGAGUUCUGUACUUACAUACCAAUGUUAUUUUCAUGUACAUGUACAGGUAGAUAUAAAGACAAAUGUGCCUAUCCUCAAUUCAUUUUUCCACAAAAAAAAUCGAAAAGUUUCUGCAUUUUGCAAAGAGGUAUCUAUAUGAUUCUUGCGUUUUGAGUAGAAUUUCUAAGAUCUUCCUUGCAGAAUUAGUACAUAUGAGUUGCAUUUCUUUGGUUGAGAUAAUUAUAAAUGCAGCCUGCAGGCCUUGUGUGGGAUCACAUCCUGAUGAGAAUGGACAGGUUUUGAAGGCCUUUAACUCAAAAGUUGCUCUGGCGAUGUGUGACUCAUUUUGUUUCUUCAAUUUGGGGCUGCCUUCACUGCAAUAGGUUAAACUACUAUAGUACAGGCAAUACGAUUUUCUUAUUUGGUUUUUAAUGUUCACAAGAAUAGUAAGCACUUUGUUAUGUGCAUUGUACAUUUACACUGAAGUACUUAUUGAUUUGAUUUUUCCCCCAAAACUAGAUAUCAGCUCACAAAAGAUGAAAUACCUAUUUAAAAAAAUAUACUGUACAGAGAAUUAAGAUGGUUGUGUAAAUAUGUGUUAAUAUUUUUUGAGAAGUGCCAAUGUUACUAAUGUUGCUUUGGAAAUGGAAAUGAAUAAAAGUGAUUGCACUUGAUUGGACAAAUGAUUUACCAAAUGUUGACAAUUGCUUUAUAAUUAAUGUACCGAAUCUUGUGACAUGUUUACAAAAUUGAGAUUACUAAAAUCCCUUUCAAGAUGUAUCUUGACUCAAGUAAAAAUACAUUUACUCCUCAAAAUAGUCUGUGCAAAUCACCUGAGUGUAAUAUGAAAGGAGGUGUAAGCCUAUUAGUCAAGUUGUACUACAUGUAUACGGUGAAAAGGAGAAUUACAUACAUUAGAGAAGAAGGCUUGUAUAUUUCUUUUUUUUCCCCGUCUUUUUGCCAUUUUCCUUUGGAGAGAGAAAAGUUCUAGUAAGUUAAGUUCUUUAAACCCCCACAGUAUGCACAUUGCCUUAAAUAAAUUUGUUUGCAUUGAUUAUGUGUUGUAUGUUUUAUAGUAUUAGACUUGUAUUUUACGUGGCAUAAAUGGUUUCAGCACACUUUAUAACUUUUAUUAAUUUGUGAACAUUGCCUAACAUUUCAGUACAUAACUGUGUGUGUACACAUACAGAAUACGCAUGUAUGUACAAGGUAUUUUUAUUUCCAUUGGGGUCUUUUUCAAGGAACAUACAGAUUUCCUGGGGGGGAGUGCAAAACGUUAGACCGUGUUAUACAGGGUGUCCUCAGAAAAGUAAAACCAGGAUUUGGGGGGAUGAAAUUUUAAGUACAUAAGCUGGGGGAAUGUGCUUAAAUUUGCUCAGUUUAUUCAGCGAAGUUUGAGCUAAAUUCUCAUGAAAAAUUUAGGCAGAAAUUGAAAACAGAGUUGAUUUUUAACAAACCUCUCUUGACGCUGACUGUUGUAUUGUUAAUCCAAGCCAAUUUAACCAUCACCAGUUCUGAUUGUCGCAGAUUAGUCAUGCGUAACCCAAAGAACAAAUUUGUCAGUACUACAUGGAAGAAGAUAAGUUUAGCUUACUCUGUUUCACCCCAAUAUUGCUGUUUUCCCUUUUUUUUUCCUUCCUUGGACAUCCUGUAUGCUACUGUGAUAAUAGCUGUACUUGCAAAUUACACAUUGAAAAUUUACCAUACACCACAUAUCACAGCAAACCAGUCCAGCACCGUCACCUGUCAUACUUUAAUAUUUAUUGUAAAAUCAAAACAGUACAUUACAGUAAUUAAAUUUUUUUAAAGACUGGUGUGGUUUUAUAAAAUGUAAAUUGAACCAGUGGUUCCUUAUUUGGUAUGUAUGGUUAUAACGCACUGAUUAUUGGGGGUCCAGGUGGACGUAAAUAUUAUCUGUAUAUCAUCAUCAUGUGUGUGAUCAUGAGAUGGAUUUCUAGUAAAUAAACAAAAGAAAGGAAUUGU